UCAAAUGUGGCCUCUCACAGAGAUGCAGGCCCAAGUCCAUUGUUUGCCUGUCUUAAGCCUGCAUGGCCCAACAACAGCAAACACAUCAUUCCAGAAUCAAAAGACAAGUAGAAUAUUACAGCUUACCAUUCAAUGACAGUAUUUUUUUUAGAUAACGUUACUCCAUGAAAACAUACCUGUUGCGUUCUGACUGUAAGACUCUGGCAGGGUUGUAGGUUGCAUUUGUUGCUGGAGAUGAUACUUUUUAGAAAGCUGGAAUAAAGUUCGAAGUCAUUAUGCUAGUUUGAUACAACUGUGCAGAGUAUGUACAGUCACGUUAGUUUCAACAUAUGAGAAACUUUGCAUACGCGCUGUUCAGAUAAGCCGGAGCUAUCGUAACCUGAACCCGGGACAAUAUGCUGUCUAUAUUAUCAUGCUACGGGCUAAACUUCGCGCUAUUUUCGUGUUAACUAAUUAAUGAAUUAUCGCCGACAGUUAUUUUAUCUCGCAUUAACGCAGUUUUUAUUAUUUAUUUUCUUAUUGUAAAAGUCUGUUGCUCACUGGCUUUUAUUUUGUAAAAUUCCAUCGUGAGCGAGCCUAGUAUGUUGCUUACUGCUGCAGCGCUCACAGGAAAGAGGAAACAGUCAGAAAAGAAUUGUCGGAUAAUCAAGCAUGGAGAAGGGUACGGAACUUUUGCAUGGCCAUUUCCAUUUUAAAGUUCUUCCAGACGGCGCAGUCGACAGAGCCAAAAUUAUUUGUAACCACUGCAAAGUUGAAUUUUCUUAUCACCGGAGUACUUCCAGUCUGAAAUACCACCUAAAUGCAAUACACUCAGUUGAUACCAGCAAAUCAUUCAACGAAACAAACAGUGGAGCGAGGCUUCGGCAGACUACGUUAGAUGCAGCGUGUGGGAGAAGUAUAGAUAAACAAAGACAAGAGAAGCUAACAAAUGCUAUAGCGAAGUGGAUAGCUAAAGCCUGCAGGCCGAUUAGUGUUGUGGAAGGUGACGGUCUGAGAAACGUUCUCAGAAUCGCAACAAAUGAUGGCAGGUAUGAGAUUCUCUCAAGACGCACCAUCACAAGAAGAAUACACGAGUUGUAUGAAAAGGAGAGGACUGCAAAAGAGACAACUUUACAACGUGCACCCUCUGUUGCUCUCACUGGGGACCACUGGAUAUCACUGGGUAACCAUAAUUACCUCGGAGUUACAGUGCAUUUUAUUGAUGAACAGUGGGAGCUGCAUUCACAUGCUCUAACAGUAAUGAAAACAGAGGAGGGACAUUUUGCUGAAACGUGCGCGGAACACUUUAUGCAAGUUGCACAGCAGUGGAAUGUGUCAAAUAAAGUCACCACACUUAGCACAGAUAGUGCAAGAAACAUGAUCGCUGCUGCGAGACAUCUGCCUUUUGAACAUGUCCCCUGCUUCGCGCACAGUCUCCAGCGUUCUGUCACAGUAUCUCUGCAUAACAGUGCGUUUGACAAUGUCCUGGCCAAGUGCAGAAAAGUUGUGAGGCACUUUAAACACAGUCCAGCAAAUGCUGCAGAAUUAGAGCAAAAACAAGUUGAACAUGGACAAAAGAAGGAGUCGCUUGUGCAAGAUGUUCCAACCAGAUGGAAUUCAACUCUGGGCGUGAUAAAAGGCAUCCACAGAAACAAACAGCCACUGAGGGAUGUCCUCACUACACACACCAAGAUUGCCAUGCCAACUACAGCCGAAAUGGAUAAACUGCAGAGGUUGGAAACGCUACUGGAGCCUUGCAGGUAUGUGACAGAACUUUUGGGAGGAGAAAAGUAUUUCUCAUGCUCUGUGGCUCUACCUGCUUUUUGCCAUCUCUCUCGGGUGAUGGAGAGCUCAGAUGAUGACCCUGCCUAUGUGACCAAGUUCAAGUCUACAUUCAGAAAAGACCUGGAGACACGCAAGGAAAAUGCCAACAUUGCAUAUCUGAAGAUUGCUACUGCAUUGGACCCUAGAUUCAAGGACCUCAAGUGUACACCCAGAGCUGAGAGGAGUGAGGUGUGGGCCUUAGUCACCAACUUAGUUAAGGAACAGAUGGUUGUUGCAGAGAAACCUGUGGAAGAAAAAACAUCAGAGCCACCAAAGAAAAAGUUAACCCUAUUGGCUGAUUCAUCUGAGUCUGAUUCUGAACAGGAAGACGACUUAAUUGAGAACAUCGAUACAGAGCAGAGCCACCAUCAGUUCAGAGUCCUGUCCAUUAGAGUGGUGGUCCAAACAUGCAGACUCACACAGCAGGCUGGCCUCCUAUGCACUCCUAAGUACUUAGCUACACCUUCAACACCCGUACCCUGUGAAAGGUUGUUUUCUCUUGCUGGUCAUAUUGUACAGAAGAAGAGAGCUUCUUUAUCAUCUGAAAAUGUAAAUAAUCUUGUAUGUCUUAGCAACUGGCUUCGUGCAGAGGAGUAAAAAAGUCAAGUUCUAGAAAUUGAGAAGCUGCACUGAAAGUGUUUUCUGGUUCUUUUUUGAUUGAGAUUCUAAUUUUUUUAUAACAAACAGGAUAACAUUAAUGCCCUGGCAGUGGCAAUAAGCUUUAGUUUUGUAUUUGCUUUGUUUUCAUUGUUUAAGUUGGGGAUUUACACUAAAUACUUUAUUUAACUGCUACUGUUUGCACAGCAAAUGUUAUGUUAUCGUUCAUGGCAGUGCAUUUAAAAUAAAAAUGCACUAUAUACUACUUUUGAAUUUAUUAAGUCAAAUUCUAGGAAUUGACAAACUGCACUGUUUUCUGGUUCUUUUUUUGAGUAAGAUUCUCCAAAGGAAAUCUAGUAUAAAUAUGGACUUUACAGACUAGUCCCCUGCACAGUAAAUCCCUGUAGUGAACUUUUGUUGUGCUUCACCUCACUCUAACAGGGACAUUUGGUACUGAACAUAGAUUGGUUAUGCUGCUCCCUGGUAAAUAAAAAAAUGUUUCUGCUGUUACCUCAGAAAUUGCCUGUUUUAAUGUUAUGAUUGUGGCUCAGGAUUUUCUGGGCAGUUUUUUUUAAAUAUAACAAACAGGAUGACAUUAUGCCCUUGCAGUGGCAAUAAGCUUUAGUUUUGUAUUUAUUUGCUUUGAUUAUAUUGUUUAA